AUGAUCAUUGUGAUCCUCUUAUUCCAAAUUGGGGCAUGCAGCUCACUCCUGGACAAGCUGAAGAUGAACAUGUGUUCUACUGCACUAAAGCAGGACAAACUGGUUGAGGCCCUGGGAAGCAAAAUAGACGAGGUAGGUUUGUUUUGGGGGCUAUUUAGCACUGAUAUGCUUGUACUCUUCUUCUCCACCUUUGUGAUCUACUUCAUUGCUAUUCAUGGAACACAUUUCGAACGCAUUCCAGUCGCAAUGCUCAUCAGCAUGGUUGUCUAUUCAUUCUUCACCAAAUUCCAACGAAUAGUCAACUUGCUAAGUCGAUUUUUUAGCACGGCCACAAUUCACAAGAUAAUCUCAAUAGUGUCAAUGAUAGUGGGUGCACUGGUAUUCAUUUUGUACACUUUACUGAAGAUAGCAGUGAUAUGGGUCUUCAUAGCACUGAUUAUUGAUCAGAUUGAUGAUUUGAUAGAGGGAUAUCUGAUUGAUAGGGCGCCAAUUUACGUCACCAGGUUCCUAUGUGUUGUAAUAGCACUGCUUCUGUUCUAUUUGGCAUAUAGAACGUACAGGAUAUUUAAGGCCACCUAUGAAUUUGGAUUCUGUGCUAUAUUUGCCUCAUACGGAUCAUUGCUGAUGCUGGUUACAAUAUUCAAAUUGCUUGGAAGCAAUGCAUAUACCAAUUUCAUCUACUCAAUAGCGAAUUAUGGACUUGGAUACACCAUUGGCUGGAACUUUGUGACAUUGGUGUGGGCAGCUGUGGCACUGGGAUGCUUCAUUUAUCAGACAAAAUAUAUUAAUGAGGAUUACUUGGGUGACAAGUUGAAGUUGAAAGAUGCGAAUGCAGAAAAGACAGCUGACUAA